AUGUAGUAUGCAGCAACCAGCAAAUGCAAAUUGAUGUCGCCUUAGAUAGAACAAGAGAUGAACUCUAAGGGUUUGGAUAAUUCAAUUUUAGAAAUGAGUCCAAUGAAGAUAGAAACUUCUAACCCAGGCAUUUCAACAACUUAGCAAUUGGUUUCGAUUUAGAGAUUCGGUGGGGUAACCAUGAGGAUCAAUUCAAUCCCAAUUGACACAUUAUAACCGCCAGAUUUACCAGAAUCGGAUGGAAUAUUGUCUAUUGAUAAAUAAAGGGAAAAUCAAGUGAUGCUUUCAAAAAAGUAAUCGCCAUUCGCUAAAUUAAUCAUUAAUUGUCAUUCAUUGAAGUUUGCCAACAAAAUGAUUAGCUUUAUAAGACCUGAUUGUAAAUUUUCUCAAAAAUAGCACCAGAUUUUAAACGACCAAGCAAGUUCGUAUAUGAAAUAGAAGGGUAAGAUAAGUGGGAAUUUUGUGCAAUAAAACCUUAAUACAAUAGAUUUGCAGAUCAGACUCAAAUUGAGGACAUGGAAAAAUGGAAUAGUAAAUAAAUUGUCAGGAUGCUUCACUUAAUUAUAUAAUUACAUCCCUUUAAUAGAACCAAAUAAUAUAACCAAAUUAGUGUGGGACUUUUUGCUCUGUCUCAUUCGCAUCUACUUGAUAAUGUGGUCUCCCAUCAUAAUUUCGUUUCCAUUUUUGUAGAAUGACCAUGCAAGCUAUUUCCUAAUCAGUUGCGUAUUUCUAGCAUUCGAUUUGGUGAUUAGAAACUUCACCAUUUAUUUUCACAAGGGUUUGCCAGUCAGAGAUCGAACGAAAUUAUUUAAGAAGCAAAUUAAUUUCGGUUUAGCAAUAGAAUUAGGGAGUAUCUUAUUCGGAAUCCUCGUAUCCCUCGAUUACUAAUUGAGCACAUGGUUCUUCAUCCUGUUCUAUUAUUAAUUGAGAAACAUAAUGAAAUUGGUCGAUAUCAUUCAAUAUAAUUUGAAGCCCACAAAAAUGGUCAGUUCUGUCAUAGAUCUUUUCAAAUUGAUAGCUACAGUGUUAUUAAUACAGCAUUUCUGUGGUUGUUUAUGGUUAAAAUUAGGUUAGUAUUAUGACAGUCAAGGAAAAAUAAAUUGGAUGAUGGAUGUAAAGGAGGAAAGUUGGUAGGUACAAUUUCUUGAAUCCUUUUACUUCAUGAGUGUGACCAUGUUUACUGUAGGAUAUGGUGAUAUCACACCCACAAAUUCACUGGAAAAGAUGUUUUGUAUUUGUUAUAUGUUCUUGUCCACUUUGCAAUAUUCUUAUUCAGUCAACACAAUUGGGUUAAUCCUUACUGAGAUGAAAGAAAAUAAUGAAAUGAUUAGAUAAAAGAUGACUUGCAUCAAUGAGUAUUUGCACUGUAAGAAAUUGAGUACUGAACUCUCUAUGAAAGUAAGGGAGUAUUUUAAUUUUUAUUGGAAUCAAGAAAUUAUCCAAAAGAAAAAUGAACAAAUAAGACUCAUCACUCUUUUGCCAGAAGAUCUCCAAAAGAAGUUGAAGUUGGAAUCUGCCUCCUCUUUGAUUAUCAAAUGUCCCUAUUUUUCUCAGUUUCCUAAACCUGCCUUAGAAUGUCUACUCCAAAGCAUUGAAUUUAAUAUCUUUUAGCCAGGUGUCUAUGUAAAUCCAUAAAACUAUAUUUAUAUAAUUGAAAGUGGAAAAGUUGAAGUCAUGCAAGAGAAGGUUGUUAUAGACACACUAAAAGAAAAUUAGUGUUUUGGUUUACAAGAACUCUUCUCUUAAAGUGAUAAAAUCACUUAUAAAUCAGCUGACUUCACUAGUCUAUUAAUGAUUCCUCGUUCUGAAGUUCUCAAAGUGGUUAGCAAAUUCCAAUUACAAAUUAUACCUGAUAAGUUUUGCUAUAUCUGUCAUGAUAAAAGACAUUAUACUCACCAAUGUAAUGUUGUCCAUUAUAUCCCUGAUAUAGAGAAAGUAAUUAUGAGAUAUCAUUUUAAUAAUGUUCAAGAAAGAGGCAGAUUAAAAUAAACUUAGAAAAAUCGGACAAAAUUUUACGCAUUAAAUGAAUAUGUUUUGAUACAAGGUAGUGCUAAAAUAUAUUAAUUGGAGAAUGAUAUAGUUCCAGAAAAUGAAAUCCAAGAACAAUAAAGUCAAGGCUUUAGUAUCCAUCAAAAUGGACCUCCUAAAAUCAAUGUUGUUACUUUUGAAGAUCAACAGGUAUAAUUAAAUCCCCCAGAAUGGCUGGUUGAAACUUCAUUUAAUCCUGUGAAAUUCAUGCAAAGAACCAGCUUAUUACAAUAAACUUAAAUCUUAGAUAGUUUUAAGAACAAAAGGGAUAAGAAGCUCCUGCUAUCUGGAAAUACGAAUAAAUAAAGUGAUUUAACAGUGAUUUCAGACAAACCUGGAGACUUUCAAGAAGCUUUAACCAAAUUGUAAUACAUUCUACCCAAAUUGUCAAAUAAUGAAUACGAGAGAUGUUUCCUACUCAUUAAAAAGCUCGAAGGAGAGUUAGGUUUAACAGAUAUACCAGAUUUUGAAUAGCUUAGGGAAUUUGAUAAAUUUGAUAGAGAAUGGAACAUUGAUAGAAUCAUAACUAAACUGAUGAGACCUAUACGAAAAAAUAAUACAGAAUUAUUAAAUUAAUUAUUAAACAAGUAUUCGAAAUAUCUGCUAUUUCCUUAUGAAUUUAUACGUCUAUUUAGAAAUUCCUUAAUCGAAGAAGAAGAUAUUAAACAGAAUAAAUCCUAUUUGGAAUAAGUUAGACAUAGUGUUAGACACUUUUUAAAAAGAAAGGCAACAUAAGUGUUUCCGUAGAAAUGA